AUGUACCAGGACAUCCUGCUGUCGCUGGCGAAGGCGGUGGCGAACACUACAGCGGCUUUAGUGCUGAAGGCGAAGAACGUGGCGGCGCAGUGCAAGGACGAGCAGCCGCUGCAGAAUACUAUCAUCGCUGCAGCGACACACUGCGCCCUGGCCACCAGCCAACUGGUCGCUUGCGCCAAGGUGGUAGCGCCUACGCUCCACAACCCCGCGUGCAGGGAGCAGCUAACGAGUGCAGCGCGGCUUGUGGCUCAGGCUGUGGAGAGGCUGGUGUCCAGCUGCCAGCAAGCGCCCCCCGCCGCUGGACCUGGAGUGGAACAGCUGGUGACCGCCGCGCAGAGGGUCACAGACGAGCUGGAGAGACUACUGGCUCACUGUCACCUGGAUCGUCGCGUCCAGCCGUCCGUAGUUGAGCAGUCAGUGGAGGGCGUGGUGUGUGCCAGUGAGAGUGUAACCGAGGCAGCUGACGGACCGGAGAUGGUGAGGCGGGCCCGGCUGCUGGGACAGGCAACCGCUCGACUCAUAGCGGAUAUUAAGACUGAAGCUGAGAAUCAACCUUCUGACUCCCAACGCAAGCUGCUGGCGGCCGCCAAGCUACUAGCGGACGCCACCGCGAGGAUGGUGGAGGCGGCCCGGCUGUGUGCGUCACUACCACAGGACCGCGAGAAGCAGGAGAAUCUCCGUCGGGCUGCGGAGGAACUGAAGAUCAUAGCGGCGGACUACGGCCAGCACCAGGCGGCGCCUGACAAACAUAGGGCCAGGCUGGCGGAGAGCGCCCGCCAGGCCGCGUCGAGCGCCACUCAGCUGAUCACGUCCGCCCACAACGCCGCCCACUACAACACCAACAAGUACUCCCAGGACACGCUGUCCUCGGAGUGUGACGUGCUGGAGCAGCAGGCGGCCAGGCUGGCGCGGGCAGCAAGGAGCUGGGCCGCCGCGCCCGCACAGCCCGCCGCCAACCUCGACCUGCUGGCCGCCAGUGACGCGUUCCUACAGCCGAGUGGUCACGUGAUACAAGCGGCCCGCGGCGUGCUACCCACUAUCAGCGACGCCACCGCCGCCAAGCAGCUGGCAGACACCACGCAUCAGUUUACAGCCAGCUGCGCAGACCUCAGGUCAUCGGCCUCCCGUGCCCGGUCCAGCGGUCGCGGCGGAGAGCUGGAGGCGGCCGAGCACGUGCUGCUGGAGCUGCAGGACGAGCUGGAACAGCUGGAGGCCGCCGCCAGGGACCUGGAACUGACACCCGUCCACGGGCACACGGCGGAGUGGGCAUACAGUGCUCUCCAGACGUCUGGUCGGUCCGCUUCAUCAGCGGGGGCGCAGCUUGCAGCAGGCGCGAGGCGCGGAGACGGCGCCGCUGCGGGCCGGGCUGCCUCCGAACUAGCCGCCGCGCUGAGAGACUUCACGCCGCCGCUGCGGGCCGCCGUCACUAACGCCAGCGACACGCACAGGCACAAGGUUCUGUCGUGCGGCAAGCAGGUCCUCCAGUCUUCUCUAACCUUGGUCCAGCGGGUCCAGGCCCAGCUGGCCAGCGGGCAGACUGACGACGAGGAGCUCAUGUCGUUAGCGCGCGCGGUGUCCCAGAACAUAGAGCACACGGUGGACGCCGCGCCCGCCUUGAGGGAGUUGGACGCAGCCCUGGACAGCAUCGCGCAGACACUAGGAGUAUUGGACAUGGGAGAGUUCCCCACCAGCGACAGGCCUUACAGUGAGCUUCAAACGGAGCUGAACUCUGCAGCCGUCGAGCUGAACUCGGCCUCCGCCCGCGUGGCAGAGGGCGGUGCCCCUGAAGCCCUACCGCCCGCUGCUGAGGACUACCUCACCGCCUUCGAUAGAUUAAUAGCUGUCGGUCUCGAGAUGGCUGGACGCACUGAGGAGCUGGAGAGUCGUACCCAGAUGAUGGGAUCUCUCAAGACGGUGACGGUGAACUCUUCCAAGCUGCUCAUCACCGCCAAGUCCGUCAGCCAGGACCUAACACGCCCCAAUGCUAAGAACCAGUUAGCAGCGGCUGCCCGAGCUGUCACAGAUAGUAUCAACGCCCUGGUAGACGUGUGUACGGAGGCCGCGCCCGGGCAGAAGGAGUGCGCCGCGGCCGUGAGGAACAUGCAGGCAGCCCGCGCGCUCCUCACCGCGCCCUCACAGCCUCUCACUGAGAUGGGAUACUUCGACUGUCUGGACGCCGUGGUCGACCAGAGCAAGUUGCUCAGUGAAGGCAUGUCAGGUAUGGCAGGCGCAGUGAAGGUGGGGCCCGGAGCGACUGACCGUCUGUGUCGCUCAGUGGGCACUGUGGCUUCCGCUGUACAAGGGCUGGUGGAAUGUACUGCACAGGCCGCUUACUUGGUGGCCGUAUCGGACGAGUCAUCAGUAGCAGGUCGCGCGGGUCUCGUGGACCAGGCCCAGUUCGCGCGCGCGGCGGCCGCCAUUGACACCGCAUGCGCCGCGCUGUCUUCCCCGCGCGCCCAACAACAUCAAGUGCUGUCAGCCGCCACAGCCAUCGCGAAGCAUACUUCCGCACUGUGUAACGCGUGCCGAGCUGCCUCCGCACGGUGUACGGAACCACAGAGCAAGAGACACUUCGUCCAAGCAGCUAAGGACGUCGCUAACUGUACUGCUUCACUCGUCAAAGAGAUCAAGGCUCUGGAUGCUGAUUACUGCGAGGAGAACUUGUCCCGCUGUUCCUCCGCGACCCGGCCGCUCCAGGACGCCGUCCGUUCCCUGCGGGCCUUCGCAGACAGUCCCGAGUUCGCGGCGGUCCCGGCGAGGAUCUCACCGCAGGCCCGCGACAACCAGGAGGCUAUACUACAGUGUGGAAGGAGCAUCAUAUCCGAAUCUUGCUGUAUGGUGGAGGCGGCGCGCGCCCUCGCCCUCAACUCGUCGGAGCGGACCCACUGGCACACGCUGGCGCACCACAGCAAGGCUGUGUCAGAUACUAUCAAGUCCCUCGUCACUAACAUACGUGAGAAGGCCCCCGGUCAGCGGUCGUGUGAAGCAGCUCUCCAGGUGAUCGUUCAACAGCAGCGAGCCCUGGACCUGGCCGCGCUACAGGCUGCUGGGAUGGAGCUGCAGCCACAUGCUGGGAACACACUGCAGGGAUUCUCCGAACAGAUAGAGAACAGUCUGGCUGAGAUGAUGGAGAGGAUCGAACCGCUGAGGCUGGCCGCCAGGAGCGAGGCUGAGAACCUGGGACACGCUGUCACACAACUGGUGUCGUACUCAGAACCGCUGGUGAGCGGCACGUGCGGCGCUGCGUCCCACAUGACGGACAGCGCGGCCCGGGACGUGCUGCUGCAGCACGCUACCACAGUUAUGGAGACGCUGGCGCUACUCGUCACCGCCGCAAGGCAGGCCGCCGGGAACCCGAGGGCGGUGAGCGCGCACGGGGAAACGGACGCCCAGGCGGCCCUGGCUAGGUCCGCGCUGAGCGAGAUGAGCGCUAGGGUCCGGGACCUCAGCCUACAGGCCGGCGCUGUAGGCCCGCUCGUGGAGAGUGUGGCGCGGGCCGUGGCUAGACUCACCGAGCACAGGAUGUCGCUGAUCGGGUCCUACGAUGAGACGGACUCGUUCGUGGACUAUCAGACGCGCAUGGUGGGCGUCGCUAAGGAAAUAGCCCACCUCGCCUCCGACAUGACGGCCAAAGCGGCGACGGAGCCAUCUCGCUUGGUGGAAGUCGGUAACGCGAUGGUGGGCAAGUAUGAGCGUCUGGCCACUGAUAGUGUGGGCGCCGCCGCGACCACACCUAACGCGGACGUGGCCAGCAGGAUCCGUGUGUCAGCAGUGGAGCUCGGUGAAUGUGUGUCGGAGUUGGUGCGAGCUGGUGGCCACUGUCGCCUGUCAGCCACCGCGCUCAACCAACGAGCUGUGGCUGACAACGCGAGGAAAGUCAGCGAGAAGGUGGUGUCAGUACUGAGUGCGCUGCAGGCGGGGUCUCGCGGGACCCAGGCCUGUAUCGACGCGGCCGCUACCAUCGCCACCAUUUUGGGGGACCUCGAUACCACCAUAUUAUUCGCCAGCGCGGGCACGCUCCAGUCUGACAAGCCGGGUGAUACCUUCUCCAACCAUCGCGAGGGCAUCUUGAAGACUGCCAAGACCCUGGUGGAGGACACCAAGACCCUCGUCAGCGGAGCCGCCUCCAGCCAGGACCAGCUGGCCAGCGCUGCUCAUAGUGCUGUGGAUACUAUCGUUCAACUAUGCAGCGUGGUGAAGGCGGGUGCAGCAUCACUAGGUGCUGGUGGUCCGGAGCCGCAAGUAAUGGUGCUGCACGCGGCCCGGGACGCCGCUGCUGCCCUAAGGGACUUAGCUGCUGCCACCGCCGCCGCUUCCGGGAAACACGUCACCAGCCCCGACAUGCAGAGACUCAAACACGCCGCUAAGCGGCUGUCGGACAAACGAUGGAGCCUGCCUCUGAGAGCCGACACCCUCCCGCGGAUCAAGCGGCGGUCGGUACAGAUCAAGGAUUAUAACUCGUGCGAUUCAGAAACAGACGUGUUUCAGUCCGACCAGGAGGACGAGCUGGUCAGGCUCUUAGACUAUUCCAGUCACGAUGAUGACGUCUCCCCGACCAUAUUCCAUGAUAGCUGCGAGGAACUCAUCACAUACUUUGAAAGUAAAAUGACCGAAGUUCCAAAGAGAGUCACGAAUGAUGACGUCAAUAUACGAUACAACUUAGCCUCCAGGAACAGUCUGUUCGACAUGGACUGGCGCGUCCUUAAGUACGGUGAGACCAUAUUUUUGGGAGAACUACGGAAGUUGGUCGAUUUAUGUCUAGAAUUUCUAGAUAAGGUUGAGAAUAAACGAAAGAGAAAAGCGGAAGAAGUAGAUAAAGCCAACACUGAUCUGGACAGUGAAAUGAAAAGGUUAUCCCAGGUCAUAGUCGAUCUAGACUUCCAGAACUUAGUUUUGGACAAAAAUGAAAUCAAUACCAACAAACACACGGCUGCCAAACCCGUAGUAGAGAAACCGAAGUUAAAGAGUCCCACGUUCAAAGUUAAAAAAGUUAAAACUAUCAAUUUGGCCGUUAACUUGGAACCAGACGUCGAAUAUAUCGACGAUGGUGAUCAAACUCCUACUAAUGAAGUAAAGAAAGAUGUUGUGGAUAUAAAAACAGACAACAAGAAACAGUUCUGGGACAUGUUCAAGGAUGACAGCGAGUGGUGGAAGGAACUGGCCAAGAGGAACUUGGAGAAAAUGAAGGAGACCAGGCUGGAACUGGAACGAUUCAGUGGACACGAGCUGGUACUGGGAGAGAUAAAGACAGAGAUAGACAAAUACACGAGAGAGAAAGAGACGCUCGAGAGUUUCAUAGAAGACAUCGACAGCUCGCAAACAUUCAACAAAGACCUGGAGUAUGACAAGAAAUAUGAAGACAUGGUCCUCAAGCUCAUACAGUUUGCCAAGAAGGACUUCGUGUUUAAAGGAUUCGAUCCACUCAUAGAGAAACUCAAACACCUGUCGAACAUUCAACUAGAAGGAAGACAUAGAAAAAUACACAUACAUGACAUCUUGGAUGUAUACUCUAAAAUAGACAUAUCCAAAUAUACUUACGAAGAACUGUGUUUACUGGAGAGAUACUACAAGGAAGUUAUUAGAAAAUAUAAAAUGGAAACCAGAGGGAAAGAGAACGAAACAGACUUAGACAGAGAAGACACGAGGUCAGCACCUCCCGACUACAACAGAAGAAUCAUGUUGAAUGUCAAUUCUGAACAGAACCAUGACGACAGUUACAAGGGACAUAUGACCAACUCGCUCACAAGAAAUAGUAUCUUAAAGAAGUCUAGACACAGCCGAAACAGUCUAGAAAUAUUUGACCUGACCCGCACCUACCCCAUGGAGUACUACGCCAACAAUUGGUGGAAAAUAUACGAAGAUGUGUUAAAGAAUAGAGAACAGAGGUUCGGGAGCAUCGAUAACUGGUGGAACUUCUAUGAGAGUAUACUGAACGGCAGUCACAGCGACGGAGACUCGAGCAGAAUACAGACUAUGAUCAAACAGAAUAGGAGGAGACCCGCCAGCCGUAUGGAGGAACAGCUGCGGAUGUUGGAGGAAGUACAGCACGCAAGGUUCAGGGAGAGCGAGGCAGUGCAGACCGGCGACGAGGAAUCGGUCAGAUAUACACCAGAUACUGUCAGCACGACGGCAUGGCGCUUACCAUCGACGGGUUCUGACACGACGCAGCGAGCUUCAGAUAUUUAUAUCCGACUCAGAAACAUUAAUAGUAAUUUACUUUGGAGACAAUCACCUACUGCCAUACUUCAGAGUGGUCCUUUGUCUAUGUCCAGCCAGAGGCACCUCGAUAGUAUUUCAUCCAUGGCUUCCAUCAUCAUUUUCCUGAUCAUUUCCAGCGAUCAUAACCCGGACAUGAUGGAGCAAAGCCACAAGCUUUUAACCGACUUCGAAAGAGGUUGUCACAGCGAAGCUUUGAAAGUCCAAUAUUGA